AUGUCACGUUUAUUUCAGAACAAUAUUAUUCAUUUAUUACCCGCCUACGCCAUCGCCUCGAGAGCUAGUCUUCUCGAUUCGGCAACAUGUGCAACGGAAUUACGAGAUUUCCUAGACGCUGUCGAUCAACGGAUACUGUGGGGUUUAAGAACAUUGGAUUCUAAUGGCGAACUCAAAUCAGGUUUCCUUUAUGGAAAUGAUUUUUGGCUAGGCAGUCGUAGUCAAUGCCUCGAUGUAAUGAACAAGGCUCCUUUCGAGUUGGCAAAACGAUACAUACUUGUAUUAAAUAACACGCGAUACCGCGAUCCGCAGGAUGAGUUUCCACCUUUCCAAUUGAAUUACUUCGUUGCUUAUAUCAGACACAACAGUACUCUUCAGUAUCACAUCAAUAUGUUAACUGAAGAUCUGAUUACGCUCGGUCUCUGUUUGCCCGCAUCUUGUUCCACGAACAAUAUAAGUUUCAUUCUAAAAAGAAUAUUUCGAGAUAGAGUUCUUUUAAUUAAUGAUCUCUAUUCCGUGGACCUCAAUCUGAUCCAGGUAAAAAACUUAAAGGAUGAUCACCAAUGGCUGUUAAGUGGUGCGAUACCUUUUAUAUGGUAUGGCAUAUGUAGAAAAUGGAUCGAAGAAAUGACAAUGACAGAUUUGUCGUCUUCACGUGAAAAAAGUAGAAUCGGGAACGUAUUAAUGUGUUUUUCCGUUUAUACAAAUACGAAAAUAAUAUUUAACACAAAAUUGGACACCGAAGAAAUAGCCGUUGUUCACGGUAUAAAAUUUCCGUCCAUGGUUUGGAUAAUCAUAUUCCAUAGCAUAUUUUACACGUUGGAAUAUUGCGACAAUAAAAUAUGGACAUUCAGAGUAAUCGAAGAUAUCCCCUUUCAAAUGAUAAGCAACGCAUUCGUAUCAGUUGAUACUUAUUUCUUUUUAAGUGGAUUUUUAUUGGCUUACACGUAUUUAAAGAAUAAAAUAGAUAAGGAACAAAUUAAUCCAAUUAAUUACAAAGAGAAACUAAACGAAUUCUUUGUCAGAAUAAUGAAGAGAUAUAUCCGAUUGACACCGGCUUAUAUAAUGAUGAUAGGAUUAGCGCAAUUGAGCUCAGCUUGGUACGACAAGAAUUCGCAAUUCUACGUUGAGGAGAGACCACACGAAACUUGCGCAAAAUACUGGUGGAGAAAUGUCUUGUACAUACAUAAUCUGUUUGGUUAUAAAACGAUGUGCUUGUCCUGGAGUUGGUAUCUAUCCAACGAUAUGCAAUUCUAUAUAAUCGGUCUAGCACUUUUAAUUCUGUCAACUGUAUAUUUUUACGUGGCUGUUGUCAUACUAAGUACAAUUUUGAUAGCCUCAGUUAUCUUAAGCGGUUACAUCUCAUACAUUUAUGAAUAUGUUCCGACUUUGGACGAACUGUACAGACUUCUAGAUGUCUUAUACUACCCACCAUGGAUUCGAAUUGGUCCAUAUAUUAUUGGAAUGAUUACAGGUUACGUUACAAGAAGAUUUAACAAAAAAAUAGCUUUGAAAAGGAAUAUUGUAAUUUUAUGUUGGACUCUUGGUGCUGCUUGCAAUAUUUUGGUGUUAUUUGGCCUUUACAAAAAACAAAUAUCCGUUCUGUCUGCUGCUAUCUAUGUUGCAUUAAAUAGAACAGUUUGGGCCAUAGGCAUAGCAUGGAUUGUAAUAAUGUGUUUUACUGAGCAUGGAGACAUUGUUAAGAAGCUCUUAUCAUGCAAAAUCUGGAUUCCUCUUAGCAGACUUACAUACUGCGCUUAUCUUUUAAAUCCUUUUAUCAUACAUUCGAUUCGUUCGCAUAGUGAAACAUCUGCUCAUUUUGAAUUGCUAUCCAUAGAUGCUUCCGGCAGAGGUACUGUUAAUGCAGAAUGAGAUUAGAUCGCAAGAGAGUCCGGCGGGGAAUGAGACAAAAUCCUCCAAGCUAUAACAGAUGCACCCUGGCUUGUUUCUAAUGAAAUCUUCCACACGGAUUUUGGUAUACUUACUGUCGAGGAAAAAAUUAAAAAUUCAGCUGCAUAACAUAAAGUUAGACUACAGGAUCAUCUUAAUCAUCUAGCAACUCUAAUUAAUAAUCCGGAUUACGAAGGCUUAAGCGCACAAUCCCACAAGACUUAGAGUAACUCCCGUACACUUAAUGGGAGAGUUACUAAGAACUCUUACCCUUCAGGGUCUUUAUUUCAAAUUUUACAUAAAAAUUACUGAAUGUUUCUAGUUGUGACAGAUUGUAAUGAAUAAUGGAAUUAAAAAAUAAUUUAUGUAUCAA